UCCAGGGGUUUCCUUCCCCGUGAAUCAAGGGCUUUCAUUCCCCACGCAGAAUAGAAGGCGAGUUCCCACGCACACCGUAGAGAUCUGUGCCUCGAGCCACGGACUACUCCUCCGGGCUGAAUAUUAAAAUCCAGGCUCCGGUGUGACAAGAAGCAUGCGUAUUGAUUGACUCCUUCGCCAUAAUAGUCAUCCCUAUAUCCAUUCUCCGACAACUGACUGAGAAAGAGAGGAUGCUCUGGAUUCUCAGAAUGUGUUAGUGCUGCUAUGACUGACAGUGAUAAGCAGCAGCUCAGAUCGCUGGGUGCCCAACGACAGGCAGAGAGCCAUGCACGCGAGUGAUAAAGAGCAGGGUAAUUGGACCAUGCAGCCUGGCCCUGGUCCUGGUCCUGCUCCAGAGUUGACAGAUGAAGAAAAAGAAAUUAUAAAUGGUGUUAUAGCACGAGCUGAGAAAAUGGAGGCCAUGGAGCAAGAGAGGAUUGGGCGCUUAAUAAACCGCCUGGAUGACAUGAAGAAGACUGUGUGUGGGGAUGGACUGUCUCGCUGUGUGCUGUGUGGGGAGCAGCUGGGCACACCUGGGGUCAGCUCCGUAGUGUGUGAGGACUGCAAAAAGAACAUGUGUACAAAGUGUGGGACCCAGUGCAGCAGUAGGCCCCGUGCUGUGUGGCUGUGCAAAAUCUGCAGAGAACAGCGAGAGGUUUGGAAGAGGUCUGGUGCCUGGUUCUUUAAAGGAUUUCCCAAACAAUUCCUUCCUGCACCCAUGCCAUUAUCUAAGACGAAAGAUCAACGUGCCCAGGAAGCAGCCUCCAAACCGAGGGAGGAGGCAAGUCAACAUCAACAACCUGAACUCAAGGGUCGUGCUGGUUAUCCACCUGUGGCCCCGAAGCCAUCAGUUGUACGCAUGGCCACAGGCAGUGCUGGCCCCGAAGACGCAGAGCAUGGAAGUCCCGUGGUGAUGAAGAGGAUGGUGCCCGUUCAGAGCUCCAGACCGCAGCCCGUUGUGACGCCGUCUAUGGCACCACAGGGUCAGGUGGGGCGUGAAGGAGGUGCUUACUCUUCUGGUGCAGUCUCUUUAGAGCAGAGAGCACCUUCUGCUAUACGAGAGGACAGAAGGCAGCCCGCCGCUUACAGUGCUCCUCCUGCCCGACAUCAACCUCCCCCCGCCGCAGAGGAAGAGGAGGUCAAUGACUAUGAUUCUGAUGAAGCCACCACCCUGGGCUCUCUGGAGUUCAGUCUGAUGUAUGACCAGGAAAGCAACAGCCUUCAUUGUAGCAUCCUUAAGGCAAAGGGCUUGAAACCUAUGGAUUCAAAUGGACUGGCAGAUCCUUAUGUCAAGCUUCAUCUGCUGCCAGGAGCUAGCAAGUCAACAAAGCUGCGCACGAAGACCUUGAGGAACACUCGCAACCCUGCGUGGAAUGAGACACUCACCUAUCAUGGCCUGACGGACGAUGACAUGCAGCGCAAGACCCUCAGGCUGUCUGUCUGUGAUGAGGACAAGUUUGGGCACAACGAGUUCAUCGGAGAGACACGGGUGGCACUGAAGAAACUGAAGAUAAACCAGAAGAGAAAUUUCAACGUGUGUCUGGAGAGAGUUGUUCCAACAAAGAGAACAGCGACAGCAGGUGGAGCUCGAGGCAUUGCUCUCUAUGAAGAUGAGUCUGCAAAAGAUGGUGGAGAGGUAGAGGAACGUGGUCGCAUUCUUAUCUCCCUCAUGUACAACACCCAGCUGAACCGCCUCCUCGUGGGUGUGGUGCGCUGUGUUCAUUUGGCUGCCAUGGAUGCGAAUGGAUAUUCUGACCCCUAUGUCAAAAUAGUUCUGAAACCCGACAUGGGGAAGAAGGGCAAGUGCAAAACUCAGAUCAAGAAAAGGACUUUAAACCCAGAGUUCAAUGAGGAAUUCAGCUUUGAUAUUAAACACAGCGAACUGGCUAAGAAGACUUUAGAUGUCUCCGUGUGGGAUUAUGAUAUUGGGAAGUCCAAUGACUACAUUGGUGGCUGUCAGCUGGGCAUCACUGCCAAAGGAGAAAGGCUAAAACACUGGUAUGAGUGUUUGAAGAACAAAGACAAGAGGAUUGAGCGCUGGCACACAUUGAUGAAUGAGAAUCACACCGCAAGUGAUUAACUACCUGUUACAAAAACAGCAUGAGCUAGAACAACCCCCGUCCUCUUGGUCCGCAUUUACCUCUCUGUGCACCUUUUUUAUAUAGCCUUGUUUUGUUAUGUAUUUCACCACCUAAUAUAGGCACUGCUCUUGUGCCUCCUCUGUCGUUUUCUGUUCUCCCUGUACUGGCUUGAUCCACCAUCUGAGAGAUGCACGAUAUCAAGAAAAGUUACCAGACACACUUAUUAAUUCACGAAUCAAUCAAGAGUUGGGCUAGAUUCCUUAUAUCACCCCGAAUCAGAUUUUCAUCCUACAAAAACCUUUUAGACAAUUCUACACUUACAACUUUGUGGUUACAGUUGAGGAAAGGCCAUUUUCUGCCCCAGCAUGGCUGUGUGUGCCCCAGCGCAUAAUUGCACAAUGGAAGGUCCAUAAAAACAUGGUUGGAUGAGUUUUGUGUUGAAUAACUUGCACAGAACACCAACUUCAAUCUCAUUAAACACUUUUGGGAACAGAGAUAACGAGCCAUCAGGCCCUCUCUCAGGUCCAACUUAAGUGAUGUCUGACCUCACAAAUGUUCUUUUGGAGGAAUGGACAAAAAAAAUAAAAAAAUAAAUAAUCUCACAGACAACUCCAAUCAUACCAGAAGAGUGGAAGCUGUUGUCACUUCAAAGUUGGACCCAGUUAUAAUUGCUUUCAUUUUUACUUCGGUGUAUUGAUUGUGCAGCCAAAUACUUUUCUGUAUUGUGUGCCAAAGUUGACAUAAAGGAUAUUUAUUUAUGAAAAACAAACACCAGGGUAAAAAGAAACAAGGAAAGUCUCGGUCUACAAGUAUGGCCUUUGUUCAUCCAAAAUGCAUUUGCUGGAGUCAAGCGCAUGCUAACCCCAAACUAAUGUAUAUGUCCUAAAGCCUACCCAAAAGCAUGGAAAAUUGAUGAAAACAGGAAUCAUACAUGUGGUCUGAAAGUGGAGCCGAAUUUUCAGUUUUGUUAUUGGAAAAGUCUGUUUUCUGUGACAUACUGUACAACACGGAUGAAAGUAUAAAAUAAUAGUUUCUGGAAACUACUUGUUUGCGUGGACUUAGCCAGCUGUUUCAUUUAUGUAUCCGAAACAUGUAGACUAAGAGUUGCACAAUUGUACAGCGACCGGUAUGCCGAGUCUGAGACACUGGUUGCUUUGUCGGCAUUGGAAAAAAAAAAAAAAGCAAUAUGUUGUAGCACACGGAGGUCACAA